CCCAGGCAGAGCUCCGCGUCUCCUCCGGGUGUGUCUCUCCAGGCGCUCCAGUGUAGCUCGCCUUGGAGAAACUGUCCUCAACGCAGGGGGGACUGGGAUUCAUCUGUCCACCCCCAGCUCCAUCUCAUGCUGCGGAGCACACGAGUCGGUUAACUGUUUCCAGUCCACUCUGAGGACACGGCUCUGCUCCGGACUUUGGUCUCUUUGGUGAUGCCUCCAGACUGGUACUGCUCCGGGACGCACCUGAACCCGACACCAGGUUCCACAGUCUUACGCGACCAGAGACUCGGUGAAAGCUGUUCUCGUGACAAACGAAGGUAAACUGAACUUUUUUCGUGUCAGGUUUUGUCAGGAGACCAGAGAUGGACGGAUCGUUUGGGUUCCCACGGUUUCAUCUCACCGGUUAGACGGAACCACACGAUGCAGCUUCCACCCCUGAGGUUACUGUGUUUGUGGCUGUGUAGCGAGGCCGUGUCGAGUCAGCUCCACGGGCACAAAACAAAGGCGACUUUCAGUCCUCAUUAUGAAUCCACCACCGCUGACAAGAAUGCGCAGAGCCGGGGAUUGCGCACUGUCAGCGCGGUGCACAGUGGGGGGACGCGUGGUGCUAGUGCGCAGGUUUCGUGGCUGGAGACUGUAAACAGGUCGUUCUCUGAGCUUCGGGGGACAGAGGUACACCGGCGCUCUGUGCGUAAAAGUGACCCGCAAAAUGGAGUCCGACUUGUUCCCAGAGAGGAAGCUUUACGCGCGGAUGGAAACAAAAUCAGUGGACCGCGGAGAGGUGUAUGCAAGUCAGGAGAACUUGAGAAACAAACCCGGCAUGGACUCAUCUGCAUCCCUGCGAGUACCGGACACAACCUGCGGCAGAGGCGAAGCGCAGACCCCGGCAGUGAGAAGCCAAGCGAGCCGCUGCAGCACGAAGCCGCGGGCGCAUGGGAGGCUCUGCCCGUGGCCAUGGCGCAGGAGCAGGAGGCCGAGGCGCCCUUCGGACUCAACACCAGCGACUACGAGGAGGAGGAGUACUCUCUGCCGGACCUUCCCGACCCCACGCCAUUCGUACCGGUGAACACGCGGACCAGGCGCAAGCAGGUGAGGAAUCCGUUCUUCCCGGUCACCGCGGAGUCCUACGGCGCGUACGUGGUCAUGAUCCUCGCCGUGGUGAUCUUCAGCGUGGGCAUCAUCGGGAACGUGUCGGUCAUGUGCAUCGUGUGCCACAACUACUACAUGAGGAGCAUCUCCAACUCGCUGCUGGCCAACCUCGCGCUGUGGGACUUCGUCAUCAUCUUCUUCUGCCUGCCGCUCGUGGUGUUUCACGAGCUCACCAAGAACUGGCUGCUGGGAGAGUUCUCGUGCAGGAUCAUCCCGUACCUGGAGGUGGCAUCUCUCGGGGUCACGACCUUCACGCUGUGCGCCCUGUGCAUCGAUCGGUUCCGAGCCGCCACCAAUGUGCAGAUGUACUAUGAGAUGAUUGAGAACUGGGCGUCCACCACGGCCAAGCUCGCCGUCAUAUGGGUGGGCGCUCUGCUGCUGGCGUUACCCGAGCUGCUAAUUCGUCAGCUGGUCACUGAGGACGGCGAUCCUCCCGACGUGACACCGUGCGAGCGCUGCGUGGUCCGAAUCUCCACCGAGCUCCCAGACACACUAUAUGUCCUGGGUCUCACCUAUGAUGGUGCACGACUCUGGUGGUACUUUGGCUGCUACUUCUGUCUGCCAACGCUGUUCACCAUCUGCAGCUCGCUCCUCACUGCUCGCAAGAUCCGCCACGCCGAGCGGGCCUGCAUCCGCGGCAGCAAGAAACAGAUCCAGCUUGAAAGCCAGAUGAACUGUGCUGUGGUGGCGUUGGCCAUCCUCUACGGCUUCUGCAUCAUCCCGGAGAACAUCUGCAACAUCAUCAGCGUUUACAUGGCGGCUAGCGUUCCCAGGAGAGCCCUAGACAUCCUGCAUCUGGUCAGCCAGCUGCUGCUCUUCUGUAAAUCAGCUGUGACGCCGGUGCUACUGUUCUUCCUCUGCCAGCCGUUUACCAAAGCCUUCCUGGACUGUUGCUGCUGCUGCUGUGUUGAGUGCGGCUCGCCCGGAGCCACCGCCACUAGCGACACCGAAAACGAGUGCAACACCACCGAGCUGGAGCUCUCACCGUUCAGCACAAUCCGCAGGGAGGCGUCCACUUCCACUAGCUAUGCAGCUGUGGGGACACACUGCUGAGGACAAAGGUCAAAGAUCAGCAGUGUUAAGUGGAGCCGGUUCUGGAUCAUUCCUGUGAUCUGAUUAAGGCUUUGAUUGGUGGAUCAGGCUGCAGAUUCCUGGGAAGGACCCACAAUUUUAAACACAUUUUCACAUUUCAUUGACAGACAGCAAACAUUGCUGUCUGUCCACUCACUGUUUACAGAAUUUAUAUGAGAGAAACACAGUAUUAAUUCAUAGCAUUUAUUUGUUUAGUUUUUUUAAUUAACUCCCAAGUAUUUUUACUCAAUCUGCACUCAUUAUUUUUUGUUUGUAGUCACUGUUUUGUUGGACACUGAUCAUUUAUUCUGUCCCGUAUCUUUAUUGCCUGUGUUGGACAUGUCUCAACAGUUUCCAUGGAAAAAUGGAAAUUAUUUUAGUCAGUUUAGUUAGUUGUGUUGAAUUCAUAAGGAGCUGUUGCUCCAUGUAAACACAAGUAAAUAUUAAUUUAUUUUUCACUCCUGUUAUGCAUACCCCAAAACUUUCUGUUCUACAAUAGCAAUUACUUUAAGUCGAUUCAUUGGGUAUGUACAAAUCAAACACUAUGAACUGCAGCGUUCUUUUCAGGAAACUUUAGGGAAAUAAAAUAGUUGAUACAAUAAAGUGUUAUCUUUGAUUGUUGUCUUGGAAAGACAGCUGCUCUCAGCAUCUGUAGUUGCUUAUAAUCUGUUCUGUCACUGUGUGAGUUAUUUCAGUGGGAUGAACAGUAACAGAAAUGUCUGUAGAUGCUGUGUUGUGUUAGCUGAUGUUCCCGUGAAUCAGGCCUUUGUGAGUAUUUUGUUCUUCACAGAAAACUUCACUUCACUUAGUCUGUAAUGUGACAGGUUUGUUUGCCACUUGAAAAGUGUCACUUGGAUUAAAAGAUAUUUCAAAAUA